AGUGAGGAAUUCCUCCGCCUGUUGACUAAGAAUCCUAAAACAACGUUCAACUUCCUUAUCCACUAAACCAGUGUAUUUCAAACAGGAAGGACCCAAGAAGCCUGUGAAAUCCUACGCAAGUAGUUUCUCUGAUUACUCAAUCAUUUACUUUUGUCAAUGUUCUACUAAUCUACGUACACUGUUGUGGGAUGAGCAGAAUAAAUGUAAUCAGUAAGAAGGGACAGCAAAUUAUGUUAAGGGUCCUCAUGUUUAACUGUGAUUAUCUUCUCAGACAAUGCAAUGCUGCUUUAUUUUUGUGUGUUUUACUUUUAUUUUUAGGAAAUCAAGUGGCUUUAUAUUUUUUCUAAUCAUUUUAGAACGGUAGAUAUUAAAUAAUAGGUGACGGAACUAAAUAUUCAUUAAGAAAGUUAUCCUGUGAAUGGUUGCUUGAAGGAUAUGAAUUGUUUUGUGGAAAAAUGUAUCCCACUUUAAUGCCUCUUGACUGUAGGCUGCCAUUCAACUCCCUCAGCUCUAAGGGUGGUUAGCUUCAGCGGACCAUUUCAUUAUUGAGCAAACAUACUUGUUCAAACAGUGACUCACCAGCUCCAUGCAUUGAAUAUGCACUGAAUAAAAGAUGCAGACCUCCCUGGCCAUUCACCAACAUCCUGCUUUCAAGGAUGUAUUGUUGUGGGCAUGCUGUCAAGUUAACCAUCACGUCUACGCCUCUAGGGAAACAUGGCGGGAGCAAUGAGUGUCACUAUAUUUCUAUCUUUUGUUUUGGUAGCCGUCACUGUAGGGUCCACUGAAUCCCCAACCUUGUCUUCAUCGAAGGCUACCACCAAGACUACCCCAACAUUGCCUGUCACCACCACAGUGGUCCCCACCUCAAAAGCCAGUAAAACAAGUCUCAUAGUCAGUGAAACACCUGAUUCAGCUCCUACUGGUAACACUGGAGUCUCAUUGGAAUCAUCACCGACAACUGAGCCUUCCCAAUCCUCUCAGACACUGACUCCAUCACAAGCAUCCGAUGGCAGCACCACCACUACAGGUUUUACAGCUGACACUUCUACAAAUCAGACCCUAACUGGAACAACUUCUCGUGACUCCACAUCCUCAAACUUCUUGUCAACUUCGUCACCAAACUCUGAUUUUACCUCAGGGAACAUGAGCUCAAGCACAGCUUUACAAAGUGAUGGGAGCCAUGACUUAUCAAGGAGCCCGGGUCUUGUAGCAGUCCUAUGCAUAUUUUGCAUCUGUCUGGGUCUUCUACUGGCUGUUGGGAUUGCAAAGUUCAUCACUUCCAGAGGUUCAAAGUUUGAGAGGCUCGAAGAUGUGCCAAUGGGCAAGAUGAAUGAAGAGUCUCCGUUUGCCCGUUAUCCAACAAAACAAUCCUGAAAGAUAACACAUCAUAAGACAAAGCCAUUGACCCAGAAGUGAUAGAUUGUAAAUCAGUCUUUCGUUUGGGUUCAGAUGGUGUCGUUUAUGACAUGUCAUCCACCAUCAUGUUUUUUCCUGUUUUUGUUUGUUUUGUCUGGCUGCUGGAAAGUGACAUAUGUUUGAAAGAAAUCAGUAUAGCCCAAGGGCUAAAAGCAACCCUGUAAUUUAGUACGAAAUAUCUACUCUGAGGUUGAUCAGCAGCAUACUAAAGUCGAUCAUUGACCCAAGGUGAAGUACUAUUCAAUCACAGAUGGAUGGAUGCGUCAAGAACCAUAAUGUAGAAGAUGCACAGACAAUGGCUGCGUUUACACAGGCAGCCCAAUUCUGAUCUUUUGUCCAAUUAUUGCAAAAAGAUCUGAUCUGAUUGGUCAAAAGCCCAAUUAUUGGCAAAUGUACAUAAUUGGGUUAUCUGGAAUUCUACGUUGAGCAGAAACUGUUUGGAUAAGGAAAGUUUCCUCUCACAACCUCUACAAGCCAGCAUGUUAAAUAAAACAACAUUUAAAUAUACUCAAACUAGGGGUCACGGCCAGAUUAGAAAAUGGGGUCCUGAGAGAAACUCAAAUGUUUUAUUUUUUUAAAUUGGGCUUGGUACAUAGAACCAUGGUUAUGUCAGUAACCUCCAGUAGCCACUAGAUGCGUUUCUAAUAAAGAGAGCGGUUUCUGUUUUCUUCCUACAAAUGUGGCUCUUUUGAACCGUUUAAGUUACAAAACAUUAUCACCCAUCACUGAAAGAUAACACUCUAACCUAUAUGUCUUUGCUUUCCCUCUACAAUGGCCACAAGCAGGACUCAUUAGAACACAGUUGACAAGACUAUGCACUAAAUCAGACUGGGGGAAAAAGAGCAUCAAUGAGUGUUAUUUUUUACACAGAAGAGCAUAUUGCCCAAUGGUCUUCUGAACUUCCCAAUACCUUUUUGAUGCAUUCCAGUCACUUCAAACCAUACUUCCUUCAGAUUUGAAUAAUGUCAAAAGCACUGUCCAACUGAUUUGUAAUAGACUGUCAUAACUCCAAUUAAAAAAGUAAACAUUGGCUGUUUUCUUUCUUUUUUUAAACAUUACCUUUUUUCUUUCUUUUUUUACAAAAUGGGGUAAGCAGCCUAAAAAGUUUGGGAACCCAUACUCUACCCGUUGUUACCGCUGUUGGUUCUUCUGACUUUAGGAAUGCGAGUAUAAUCCAAUAAAUUUGCCAACGGACUGGUAGUGCGUUCUGAUUUAUAUCAUCCUGAAGCAUGCACCGAUCUAUGUAAACGCGUGCAUGAGCUUGGCAAGUAUCAUGCAUGUAUUUGCAUCUUGUGGCAUGCUUCAAGUGAUUAUAGAAUACUUAACGCUCUACCAGCGCUUUGAAACGUUUAUUUAAUUAUACUUUACUGUGGAUGUCUCACAGUCCUACCUGCAAAAAGACCACCGGUAAAGUAUUUUAAAAUAUCAUUUUAUUCACCAAUCUAGCUUGUAGAGGUCGUGAGAGGAAACUUUCCUAAUUCAAACGCUCAUUCAAUACAAUUCAACGUCAGGUUUCCAGGCAAACGCCUCAAACACACCGACUGUGUUCCCACGUUUUGGUACACCUGAAGUAGGUUAAUUUCUAACGGAACGCUGCGUUUCCCUUGCAGCGGCAGUUGCAGUGCGUUUUGUGUGGAGCAUACUUUGGAUUUAUCGAACGUAACUGUAUGAGUUGACUGCUUGACAGAAAUGGUGGUAGAAUGUUGAACUGUUGUUGACCACAUAGCCAGAUGACGCUGGGUACUAUUUGACGCAAGAACACUAUCGGUGUGAUCAAGGCGAAAGGACUGCCUGGGGUGUGUAAACAUUAUGCCGAUUCUGUUGCAAAACAUUUCGCAACAGAAACCGUUUACUCCAAACGGAAGACGCAAACGAUAGUUUCUAUCGGAAAAUUCGGGUAUUCGUUUCGUUCCUUUUGCACUGUUUGCUACCGUUUGGUUUUAAAUGGUAAACGGUUUCUAUAAUGAAUACGCCCCUGUGUAAAUGCAGCCAAUGUGUCAGGUAUCACUAGAAAUAAAGCUGCUCCAAAUACUCUGCUUCUUGAAAUACUCCAUGACCAAUAGGCCUAAUUUUUGUAUGUUUUGAAUUAAAUAAAUCAUUGAAUUAUGUUUUCUGUUCUCCAGAUGUGUUUAUAUAUUGCAUAAAGACAUGCUUUUUAAUUCAGCUUGUGAAUUAAUGAUUAUAUUACCAUUCAUUAUGAUUAGGGGUAGGGUUAUAGAAUAAUGUCUUAGAAUAACAAUUAUAAGUGACCCACAAACAGCUAGUCAAUAGCCCUAUUUUUUUUUUACCUGUUUGUUUACCUGCGUUAACUAAAGUAAUGCUAUGACAACAACCCGAGAAAACUGACAAUAAUAGGCCACUUUCUCAAUAACCUCCAGGCUUGUUGUCAUUGACAAGACGCUGAAGUUAGAGCGUAGAAAAGAAAACGAUUUAGCUGCUCACUGUUCAGCUACCAGCCUCCCAUAAUUUGACUGAACUGAGUGUCCUGCUUGGUUGCACGCGAACAUUGUUUACAGCCACAAACAUUUCCUGGCAUGUGACUGAACGCCAUUCGCAACGAAAGCAGUACGGACAGAGUUUCAAGUCUAAAAAGCAAUAAAAAAAAUGUUACGGUGAAAAGACAACGAACUUCAAUGAAGAAACAGAACUACAUUUUCCUUCAUAACCUGCAGUUGUGGUGUCUUUCUUAUCUGAAAUAUUAAAGUCGACCAAAGCUGCGGUCUUGCCACACCGGGUGAAGGCGUCCCAGAGCUUCUGUGUCAAUGUCUCGGCUGUUGGCUGAGAGUCUGAGGGACUCUUUACCCACGGCCAACCUCAGCUAUGCAGUGCGGCGGCGUUUCUCAGGGACAAUACUGCUGCCCCCACUGUCUCGGCGCCACUCCACCCACACCCAAGACCACCGCAGGCUGCUGGACCUGGAGGCCCACUACAGGAAUGCCCUUGCCAGCGUGGCUGCCAAGAGCCUGGAGACCAUCAACAACUCCAAUUUUGAUGUGGAGAAUGGGCUGCCGGUGGGACGCAGCCCUCUGGACCCCCAGGCCAGCCCCAGCUCCGGCCUGGUCCUGCAGGCCAACUACCCCCACAGCCAGCGCCGCGAGUCCUUCCUCUACCGCUCCGACUCAGACUUCGACCUCUCACCAAAAGCCAUGUCCCGCAACUCCUCCAUGGCCAGUGAGCUGGAAGAGGGCUUGAAGCACUGGGAAGUCGGUUGGCUGCCGCGACAUGGAGAAGACAUGAUUGUGACACCAUUUGCACAGGUGCUCGCCAGUCUCCGAACAGUCAGAAGCAACUUUGCCGUCAUAACUCAUCUGCAGGAUCGGCCCAACAGGCGGCCAUCAGGCAGCAACCCUCCCUCAAUGCCUACUCAUACCAAGCCAAGCAUACCAGAGGAGCCCUACCAGAAGCUGGCCAUAGAGACACUGGAGGAGCUGGACUGGUGUCUGGACCAGCUGGAGACCCUGCAGACCCGUCACUCAGUCAGCGAGAUGGCUUCCAACAAGUUCAAAAGGAUGCUGAACAGAGAGCUCACCCAGUUGUCAGAAACCAGCCGGUCAGGAAACCAAGUCUCAGAGUAUAUCGCCAGCACUUUCCUUGAAAAGCAGCAAGAUGUGGAGAUUAUGUCUGGGCCUCUUAAAGACAAGGACAAGAAGAAGAGGCCCAUGUCCCAGAUUGUUGCGGUGAAGAAACCUGCCCUCAGCCCCAGCCUCGCCCCUACCCAGAUCCCCCGCUUUGGGGUCACCACCCUCCAUGAGGGUCUACUGGCAACGGAAUUUGAAGACAUCAACAGAUGGGGUCUAGAUAUUUUCAAGAUAGCUGAAUACUCGGGGAAUCGGCCUUUGACGGUGGUGAUGUACUCCAUUUUCCAGGAGCGAGAGCUGCUGAAGAACUUCAAGAUCCCAGCCGACACCUUCAUCACCUUCAUGAUGACCCUGGAGGACCACUACCACACUGACGUGGCUUACCACAACAACAUCCAUGCUGCCGACGUGGUACAGUCCACUCACAUCCUCCUCUCCACCCCUGCCCUGGAGGCUGUCUUCACUGACCUGGAGAUCAUGGCUGCUCUGUUUAGCAGUGCCAUACACGACGUGGAUCACCCCGGAGUGUCCAACCAGUUCCUCAUCAACACAAACUCUGAGCUGGCUCUGAUGUACAACGACACCUCGGUCCUGGAGAACCACCACCUGGCCGUGGGCUUCAAGCUGCUGCAGGAGGACAACUGUGACAUCUUCCAGAACCUCAGCAAGAAACAGGGACAGUCCCUCAGGAAGAUGGUCAUCGACAUGGUGUUGGCCACUGACAUGUCCAAGCACAUGAAUUUCCUGGCUGACCUGAAGACCAUGGUGGAGACCAAGAAGGUGACCAGUCUGGGAGUGCUGCUGCUGGACAACUACUCAGACCGCAUCCAGGUCCUGCAGAACAUGGUUCACUGUGCUGACCUGAGUAACCCCACCAAGCCACUGGACGUCUACCGCCAAUGGACAGACCGCAUCAUGAUGGAGUUCUUCACCCAGGGGGACAGGGAGAGGGACAAGGGCAUGGAGAUCAGCCCUAUGUGUGACAAACACAAUGCCUCUGUCGAGAAGACCCAGGUGGGAUUCAUAGACUAUAUUGUCCACCCUCUGUGGGAGACGUGGGCUGACCUGGUCCACCCUGACGCCCAGGACAUUCUGGACACGCUGGAGGACAAUCGGGAGUGGUACCAGAGUAUGAUCCAGCGCAGCCCCUCACCCACCCUCGAGGACAGGGACCUUGACGGGGGGCCAGGGGCCCUGGAGGCCAUGGCGGGUGCCUGCUGCACCUCCACAGGGGACAAGUUCCAGUUUGAACUCACUCUGGAGGAGGAGGAGGAGGAGGGCGACGUCGAGUCAGACCUGGAGAGCCCACCCGAGGAGGAGAUGUCACAGGGGGGAGAGACCUCUAGGAAGACCCCGGCCCUGUCUCAAUCCCCAGAGCCCAGCAGCAGCACCAGACACCGGCCACCCUCCCCUCACCCUGGCCGGGCCCUCAGUCUGACCACCAUGUCAGUUAGGAGCCCUGGCCAUCUCAGGACGUUGAGCCCCGGGCUGGACGGGGACGACAGAGACGAUAGGGACAGAGGACUGGGUCAGGAAGGCAAUAGUGUAGCGUACCUACGGCUUGGCACGUAACACCAACCCUAGCCCACCCAGCACCUCAUUCAGUCCCUGCCUUGGUUCGUGGGUCCCAGCAGCAAUUGGACGUGCAGGGUGGGCUUUUUGACAACAGUCUGUAAUGACAACAGUCCCUUUACACUGAAGACACCUUUAACCUGACCGCUUUCCCUCUGUUUAAUCUUGUAGAACAAGAAGUAUCGUUAUAUCCUCUUUUUUUUCUCCUUUGUGCCAGAUGGGACUUUUUAGUCCUGCUUUCUGUAGUUGAUUCUGUAAAGUGUCAGAAACAGACUGCUGUACAUGUCUAGCUGAUCAAAGGUAGAAUUAAUUACAUGUCUAACCAGUCUCACCAACGUCUCCUGAUGGAGCAAGGAAUUCUACUGAGAAAAUGUCUUCCUCAAAAUGGAAUAUAGAUCUAUUCAAUGGAAUAUUGUAAGGAUUGUGAUCAAUUUACAGGGUCUUAGAACUGUUUCACCAUACAAUUAGGCGGAUUAUAUUUGUUUGAAUUCAGUAAGCAUAAACUAGUAUAUUUUAUUUAGUUUCUGAGAGUUCUGUGAAUGAUAAGUUUAACCAAAUCCAGUAUGUACCUGAAUAGUGAGAGAAUUGUGACUUAAACCUCAGGGUAUGGAGAGAGAAAUGACACAGACUUCUUGGGUACCCCUUAACCUAGACUGCCUGUUUCGAGUUUUGUCGCAGACGACAAACGUUUCUUAGAACUUCAAGAGGUUCAAGUUACGCAAAAAUACAUAACUGAUUGACAUGUGCCUGGCGCCCUCUAUUGAUCUAAAUGAAAAGUUUGAGUUUGAGAACUAAAGCAAGUUAAGUAUGGAGUAUGAAACAAACAGUACCACUGUAAUUAUAUACAGUGGGGUCUGAAAUGAUUGACACCCUUGAUAAAGACUAAUUUAUAGGAAUCUUUAUGGGUGUCAAUAAUUCUGACCCCUACCCUUUAGGGGGAAAAAAAUGUCAUUUUUUUAGCACACAAUAUAGCUCAGUAUUUUUAUUAUUUAUUUUAUACAGUCAGUAUUGCUAUUCUUUAUCAAGGGUGUCAAUCAUUUCAGACCCCACUGUAUACAAGUCAAGCAUUUAAACAUUUCCUGAAGUAUUGUGGUUGAUUGGGUUGUUUUAAAUCUAGACAAACACCACUUACACGCAUAUUUGUAAAAUUGUAUUUGUUUUUAUGGGAUCAUGUUUUACGUUUGUCACAUUUUUAAAUAUGAUAUGGUUCUGUUUUCUUGUAUAUAUUUGGGAUGUCCUCACUAUGUCUGUUUGUCUCUGUGCUUUGUAAGCAUAGUUAUUCGGGUGCCUCCACCAUCCAGUAGCACUUUACAAUCUCUGUUGUAAAUUAAGCCCAUUCAGUUCUGAAGUGCUUGAGCCAAACCAUGAUUCUACUGGACAGCUUACUGAAGGUCGUGUAGAUCUGAGAGGAAUGGAUAGGUGUAAUAAAUGUGGUAAAAAUUCCACCUAACCAAUCAGAGUGGUUAAAUUGUGGUUAAAAUAUCAGGUGGUUAAAUUGUCAUGUACUGUAGCUUAAACCUAUGAAAUCCUUUCAGAUCUCCACAAGUGUCUAAGGGUUAGGGGCUAUGGGUUGUUUCUGGACAGGGCCGUAGAGUAGACUAAUAAGGGUUUUUGUCCAGUAGGGUGCGAUGCUUUGAAAGUUGCAGAUAGAAAUGUAAUGAACAGAGUUAUGAUUCCCUGUAAUACACAACAGAAAAUCAUGUUUGUAUUGACAUUUGAUAACUUCCCAUUUGCCUGAAUAAGCCCCUAAUGUCUUGUUUAAUUUGUUCUUGAGGGAAACAAGUUUAUAGGGAAAAUUGUGCGACAAGUGUUUGGAAUUUGAACCAAAGCAUCUGCCAGCCUAAGUCGUUAUGAAAUGUUUAACACAAUGUUCUCUCUGAACUGUUGAUUGUAUUCAUGUUAUUUUAUCAAUUAUGUUAGAAUUAUGCUAAUUUUUUACAUGGGAAACGUCGCACCUUAAUACGUUGGAUGUAUUGCUUCGACUUAAAUGCUACAUUCAAUUUUGUCAAGUUGAUCAAUGUUCUGCUCUUCACAGGGAUAAAGCUUUUAUAUACAGUAUGCGAAUGCCAAUUGAACACAGCAAAACACUGAAACAUCCAUUUUCCACCAAUACUGUACAACUUUUAAUUAACAAGUAUGCUACAGGAAAGGACCAACAGGAAUAAAGACGCUGGAGAAUAUACUUGUACCCCAGAUGUACAGUACCAGUCAAAGGUUUGGACACCU